AUGGCAACCGUGGACAUGCAAGUGCAAUCGGGCAACCUGCCGGAGGAGUCCAGGAAGGACCAGAAGAACGACCCCAACGGGGUAAGCAAAAGCGAGGAGGAAAUGCAAUCAGGCAUCAAAACAUAUUACGAAAUGAAAAUUGAGGAAUACGAAUCGAUAAUAAAUAAAAAGUUACAGAACAAAAAAAGGUUGGAAGCUCAGAGAAAUGAGUUGAAUACCAGAGUGAGAGAACUGUGUGAUGAAAUUCAGUACCUCUUAGAAGCUGCGUCUUAUGUUGGGGAAAUUGUAAAACCCAUGGGGAAAAAUAAAGUUCUAGUUAAAAUAAACCCGGAAGGUAAAUACGUAGUGGAUAUAGCACAUAGCAUAAACAUCGCCCAAUGUACUCCCAAUACAAGGGUGGCGCUAUAUAAUGACUCCUAUAAAUUGCAUAAGAUUCUUCCUAGUAAGGUUGAUCCCCUUGUGUCCCUUAUGAAAGUGGAGAAGGUACCCGAUUCGACGUAUGAAAUGGUUGGUGGGUUAGAUCAACAAGUGAAGGAAGUGAAGGAAGUAAUCGAGUUACCAGUGAAGCAUCCAGAAAUAUUCGAAUCUUUGGGAAUUUCACAGCCUAAGGGGGUAUUACUAUAUGGCCCACCAGGUACUGGUAAAACCCUCCUAGCCAGAGCAGUAGCACACCAUACAGAAUGUACCUUUAUAAGGGUGUCCGGUUCGGAACUUGUACAAAAGUACAUCGGUGAAGGAUCAAGAAUGGUGAGAGAACUAUUUGUCAUGGCGAGGGAACAUGCUCCGUCCAUUAUUUUUAUGGACGAAAUUGACUCCAUUGGAAGUCAAAGGAUAGAAGGAGAGCAUGGAGAUUCUGAAGUCCAGAGAACCAUGAUGGAGCUGCUAAAUCAGCUAGACGGAUUUGAGUCCACACAAAAUAUUAAAGUCAUCAUGUGCACUAACAGAAUUGAUAUUCUCGAUGAAGCUUUACUAAGACCAGGAAGAAUUGACAGAAAAAUUGAAUUCCCAAAUCCUAAUGUGGAAGCCCGUAUGGAAAUUUUAAAAAUACACAGUCGGAAAAUGAACCUCAUGAGAGGAAUUGACAUGCUGAAAAUUGCCACGGAUAUGAACAACUGUUCCGGCGCGGAGGUGAAAGCUGUGUGCACGGAGGCAGGCAUGUUUGCUCUGCGUGAGAGACGAGUCCACGUUACACAGGAGGACUUCGAGAUGGCCGUCGCGAAGGUUAUGAAGCAGGACGCAGAAAAGAACUUCACCCUGCGGAAGUUGUGGAAGUAG